AUGCUGGGCCUUCAAUUGAGCUUGGCUCUCUUGAGCGCGUGCUGUCUUUUCGCCGCAGCCUUUGCUCACCCGCAGCAUGGCCUGAAGAUACAUCUCUCUACAGCGGACGGACUCCUCAAUAGCAGCACGACCGGUCGCAUUCUUGUGCUCUUCGCCCCUGCAGGAGUCGAUCCCCUGGAAGAUGUCGAUGUCGCAACAACUCCGAACUAUUUCUAUGGCCAAAAUGUGUACGACUUUGAUACUGGCGACACUGUUACUUUGACGGGCGGAAGUAGAAAGCGUACCAGCUAUGGGGUAUGGGGCUACCCAAACGCCAGCUUGGACGAUCUACCAGCUGGAGACUAUACCGUCCAGGCCUUUCUGAACCAAUAUGAGGACGUUACACGCAGCGACGGCUCUCAAGUCAGUCUUCGAUUCCCUUGCGGCGAUGGUCAAAAGAGCGUCGCUGGUCCAGGCAGUCUUGUAACUUUGGCGACAAAUGUCACCGUCUCAGGCGAUUUCCAAACUAUCGAGCUCACAUUCGAGGCUGUGGUACCCGAGGAUCCUCUCGAGGGCACCGAGAUUGGCGGCUGCUCUCAGGGAAACUACCCUGAUACCGAAAUCCUGAAGCGCGUCAAGAUACGGAGUGAAGUGCUAAGCAAAUUCUGGAAUCGAGACAUGUAUGUCGGUGCGAACAUUCUUCUCCCAUUCGGCUACGAUGCGAACGACACGAGCAAGCGAUAUCCGGUCAUCUAUUCGCAAGACCACUGGACUGGAGGCGACCCUUCGUUUGCUGGAUAUUAUGAUGCCGACUUGAUACAGCAGUGGGCCAGUGGGAUCAUUCCAUCGACUAAUGGCGGUGAAGGUCGCGAGACACCGAAGCUGAUUCUGGUGACGCUUCGCCACGAGGCGCCAUACUACGACGACUCUUACGCCGUCAACACAGCCAACCUCGGCCCUUAUGGUGACGCCAUCAACGACGAGCUGAUCCCAAUCAUCGACAAGAUGUUCAACACUAUCGCCAAGCCGUACGCCCGAAUCCAGGAGGGCGGCUCGACAGGCGGCUGGGAAUCUGCCGCGAGCGUCAUCUUCAGACCAGACCUCUUCGGUGCCUGCUUUUCCUCAUACCCGGACUCACUAGACUUCCACCGCCACCAAGACAUCCCGCUGUACGAUGCUCAGAACGCAUACACCCGCCCAAACGGCAGCAAGAUCUACUCUGUCCGAGGCGAUGUCGACGGAGUGCUGACGAAUCUCGUGACAGUCGAGCAAGAAAACCACUGGGAACUCACAUACGGUACAUCAUCCCGCUCAGGAAACCAAUGGGACGUCUGGAACGCCGUUUUCGGCGCUCAAGGUCUUAACGGCUACCCCCUCGAAACCUGGGACAAAGUCAGUGGCGAGAUCUACCCCGAAGCAGUCGAGUACUGGAAACCGAUGGACUUGUCGAAUUACAUCACCAGCCAUUGGGAUGCUUCCACCAAAAACCUCGGCGAAAUCCUAAAGAAUCGUAUCUUCAUUUCUGUCGGCACCUGGGACGACUACUUCCUCAACGAAGGCGUCGCAGAAUUCCAGAAACGAGUCUCGGAGAAAGGAGGACCGGACUGGGCGAAUGUCACUUACCUUGAAGGGCAGCCGCAUGGGGGCUUGUACCAAAAUAGGGAAAUUUGGAACUACCUGUUCUUUCUCGAAAGCUGGAUUACGGACCACGCUCCUGACGGGAAGACGCCUUUGUCUGAAAAUGUCACAAGGCCUGCGGCGAGAGGAAAUCUCUGGGGAGAUGUCAUCGCGCGAGGAGGUCGCCAGGCUGCACUUGCAAGGCAAGCUCCUCCAAAACUCCAAAGCAAGCCAGGCUGGCAGGGCCGUUCAGUCGUGGAAGGCAGUGUCGGACGCUGGGACCCUGGUGUUCAGCUCGAAGCACAGUGGAUUGUGCAGCUUGCGGUUGUGGGGAGGAAGAGGGGGUAUAAAGAGGAGACGAGGAAGAGUGGUGUCGUCAAGGGGAGGUUGUGA